CCAAAUCCAGCUGCUGGACGCACGGACAUUCGAGAAAGGUUGCAUCGAUAGAUACAAAGCAGAGGCGUACCUGUGCUGCGGAAUUCAGUGUGAACGAGAACUCGAUGGUGCUAGUGUCAGAAACUGGCAAGCUGACACAGUGGUCCCUGGGAGAGACCAACCAGAUGCUGGCCGAGUCGCAUCUGGAUAUUGGCACAUACGAGUCGGAGGAUGUCUUGCCGGAUGACUUCCACUUGACAUACGACCGCGUGGCAUUCACGCCCAACCGCGAGCAUGUGCUGGUUGCGCCUGGGAAGCAAUGCCUGGUGUUCAAUGUCGAUUCGGCAGCCAUGACAGACACGAUGCGCCGGCACAAGGAUUUGGUGACAUGCAUUGACUUUGCUGCCGACUGCUCGCUGUCGGCGAGCAUGGACGGAACCAUCCGCGUUGCCCAGUUCCGAGAGGUCUAAAAAUAAAUGCGAGGGGCGGGCAUGGGUUCCAGCCGCCGUGAUGUGGAGAGAGCAAGAGUCUGUGUGCGAACGGCUGGGCAUUAUGCUCACAGCCGUUCUUGGC